GCAAUCUUCUCAUUGUUGGGCGGUCAAUUAAGCCAUUAGGGUCGCCUUUGCUGGAGCAAGAAGUAAUUGGUUCUAAGAUGAGUGAGACCUUUGGUUGGUCAAGAUGAGUGGAUCCCUUGGUUGGUCAAUGGAUUUUAAGGGUACAGAGAGGGCUGCAGGAAGAUGCAGAUCAAUGUGUUGCCGUUUUGCAUUUGAUGUAUUCUUAGACUACAACGAAGGUGGUUGGGUGUUUGGAACAAGGGAUGAACACAUGUGUGCACUGGAUUAUCCCAUGGUGAUGGAUUUUUCAUCUUGCCAUCCGCUUUUUUGUAUUGUCUUUGGCCCAUUGCGGUUGCAGUAGGUUGCAUUCGAGUUUCGGGUUAUGAUGUUCUUCCUUUGUGUUGUUUGUGUGGUUUCACUGCUCUUAAUGUUGAGCAUGGUGUUCGUUUGUGGGUUAGGAGAUGAUGUUAUUCGUCUGUCCAUCUGGGUGAUAGUGUCUUUUUUCCAAUUGAUGCGCCGACGAGAAAAUUUUGUCUCUUGCUGUGGCCUUUCAUAGGAUUAUUAUUAUUAUAUAUUUUAUUAUUUUAUAUUUUAUUUUU